AUGCCAGGAUCGUGUGCAGUUUGUGGACAACCAUCAUCAUCCAUUUGUGGGGGAUGUAAACGUUUGUUUUACUGCAGCAAAGAACAUCAGAAGUUACACUGGAUGAAAGAGCAUAAGGGAUGCUGUAGGGCGGUUUACAAAUUGGAACAAAACGAUCGUUUGGGAAGAUAUUUGAUAGCAUCCGAAAACAUAUCAAAAGGUGAUGUUAUAUUUUACGAAUCUCCAUUGAUCGUCGGACCUAAAACCGUAACGGUACCUGUUUGUUUGGGUUGUCACAACGUUUGCAACAUGGACAACUAUCACGAAUGCGACGGUUGCGGUUUUCCAUUGUGUUCUCCACAAUGUCAAGUAUCGGAUAAUCACGUCGACGAAUGUUAUCAAAUGAUGAAAUCGAAUUAUCGCAUCAAAAUGGAUUCGAAAAAGAAGAAGAAUAAUGAUGAUAAUAAUGGCGGCGGUAAGGAAAUUUUUUAUUUUCCAAUCGUUCCACUCCGUUGCAUUUUACUAAAAGGAAAAAAAAAUUCGGAGAAAUAUAAGAAAAUAAUGAAUUUGGAAUCUCAUUACGAUGAUAGAAUAAACAAACCUUUGUUUGAUUUAUAUAAAAAAAACGUGGCGGAUUUCAUUAGGGAAAGAUUAAAAAUGGACGACGUGGAUGAAAAAGAAAUACUCACUAUAACGGGUAUAUUGGAUACGAACGCGUUCGAAAUCGUGAAAAAUAACGUCAAGUUAAGAGGAUUGUAUAACGUGUCGUCCAUGUUGUCGCACGAUUGCAAACCGAACACGAAACAUAGUUUUUUACAACCCGAUAUGACGAUCGUCGUCACAGCGACGAGAGAUAUUAAAUCUGGAGAAUUAAUAACGGCAACAUACACUCAAACAUUUUGGAACACGCUUUCCCGACGGGAACACCUUAAAACGAUCAAAUGUUUCGAUUGCGUUUGCGAAAGAUGUUCGGAUCCUAGCGAAUUGGGCACGUACGCAGGCGCCAUUCGUUGUUCUAAAUGCACUAUGACGUCAGAUAAAAAUUCCGUUGAAAAUUGUUACGUCAUACCGGUCGAUCCGUUAAAUUCGAAUUCCGUUUGGAAAUGUAUGAAUUGUCAACGGGAAAUGUCGCAUAAACAAAUAAAAAUGGGUAACGAUAAUCUUAAAAAUGAAUUAACGAAAUCGAAUGUUAAAACCGUUACGGGUUUAGAAGAAUUUUUAAUCAAAUAUGGCGUUUAUGAAAAUGGCGUUUUACAUUCAAAUAAUUAUCACGUGGUACAAGUUAAACAUGCGUUGAUACGUUUGAUUGGUAACACCGACGGUUAUACUUAUUCAGAUAUAUCGGAUGAUUUAUUAGAUAGGAAAAUAAUUUAUUGUCAAGAAUUAUUAGAUUUUGUCGAUGUCGUCGAUCCGGAAUAUUCAAAUAUAAGAGGUGAAAUUUUAAACGAAUUACAAUCGUCAAUUGUCGUACAAACAAAACGACAAUAUAAUAAUGAUAAAAUAACAAAACAAGAAGCUCAGUCGAAUCUUCAAAAUGCUUUAAACAUAUUAAAACAAGUCAUGGAAAUAUUAAAAUUCGAUUUAAAUCCUCAAGAUUUUGAAAAAAAAAUUUUAUCCCUAAGUAAAGAACUCGAUGAAGAAUGA